AUCUCAUCUUAUAAUAUAUUAUUUCUUACGUUCAUGUCACAUACAGCUGCAAGCCACAUACAACUCUCAUCCUAAAAACGUUUCAUCUUCAAGUUAUAGCCAAUACACCAAUUUUCACUUCCCCCGCCUCGGAUCAAACCCAAAAAAAGCAAAAAGCACACCACAACGCGUCAUGCCAUUGCCAGAACCACGCGAGCUCACUCCUCGAGUCUGCCAGCUGGAGACCUGUAGCGAAAUAGACAAAGAUCUACUGAGGCGUUGCUCGAGCUGCAAGGCCGUGUACUACUGCGGAGCAUCUCAUCAAACAGCUGACCGAAGCCAUCACAAAAAUGGCUGCACCAUCAUCAAAAAAGCACGCAAGGCAGUAGAGAAGGAGGAACAAGAACUUCGUGAUCAUCCAGGAGAUAUGUUCACUCCUCCGAAUAUCUUCGAGAAUGGCGUUGGGCAUUUUUGGGGUAUUCAUGAGACGCGUGCUUAUAUGCGUUCCCGAUAUCAUAUGGUCGACGUGUUGCUUCAGGUUUUUGGAGCCCCUGGAGGUAAAAUUGACGCGGUGCAGGAGGCGUUGGAUCACCUUCUUGAUAUGCUUCGUCUUUGUCGGGGCGAUAACAUGGGUGUGAGGGAUCUUGUGCCGCAUUUGUACAUCCGGCUCAACAGGGAUCAGGAAGCCUACGAUUUCGUCAAGUGGUACGCUACUACCGGCUCAGAGUCAAAGUAUGAUUGGGGUGACAUGGACCAGCCAUACCUGGAUAUCAGAGAUGCGGAUAUUUUGGAGGAGCCAUUGGAGACUUGGUCAAACGGGAAAUAUCUCAGCUUAGGCCAUGUGGCAGCUGUGACGUUGAUCAAAGUGAGAAUUCUGCUUGACUUGCAGUCUGCACAGAACACCACCCGGGCUCUCAACGGCACUAUCCCACCAGAGAUCGUGGGACUCAUUCGCAGUGAGCUUGUCGGCAGCGCUGUGGCGGCACGUCCGGAUAUCCUGCUGGGUAGCACAGAGCAUCUCUCCAAGCUUAUCAAGAAGGUUAAGGACCAGAUUGUUAAGCUUUACAGAUCUGUGAAUGAGUAUAACCCUUACUUCUGGCGCUUGAUGUUGAGUAGUCCAGUAUCGGCAGCUUCACAAAGACCUGGGAUGUACUCGCACGAAACGAAAGAGGAGGCUUGUCUUAUGAUUGGAUACUGUCUUGCAUCUUGGGUUGAGACGCCUGGAGCCUUCCAGUUGAUGAAGGAUUUGAGCCAGACUGUUUAGUGGACUGGGUGUUUGGUUCUCUGGAUUAUGUUAAGGCUAUCAGGCUGUAUAAUAGGCGCCGCACUAUAUUAUCAAACUGGAAAAUAAUAUGUAUCAGUAUUUGUCGAAUGGCUGGAAA